AAAUGACGCAGCCCCUGUUCCAGCAUCGUCUCCCGUUUGGGCUGGCUCCAUUUCAGAAGCCGUCUCCCUCCACCCCCUUCUUCCCAGCCUUCCUCCUUCCUCCUCCUCCUCGCCUCACCGUCACUCUCAAACAACCCCCCCUCCCCACGCCUCGCUUCCCCCCGCCGCCCCAAACUCCUUCCUCAGGACCUUGGGAUGCGGGUGAGCUCUGGCAUCUGCCCCUGAUUUUAAUCCAAAGGAGCUGCUUUUGGAACUGGCGUGUCCGGCUUUGGUGUUUGCCUGCUGAGGAAGAGGCCCACUCUUUUCUCCAGUCUUGGGUCUUGUUUCUGAGUCCUGUGCACUUCAGUCAGACAAUACCGACUCUGGAUUCCACAGCUGGAAAGCAGAGAAUCCGUUGUUGCAAGAUUCCCUCACCUUGACCCGCAAAAUCUUAUAUCCUUGCAAUAAAAAUCGUCAGCUUUGUGAAAAAUUCGUGAUGACUCGAGGUGGAAACAUUAGCAGGGGUGAGCUCAAAACUCAUGUGUGAGACCCAUUGUCUGUGUGAAGCAGAGUGAGUUUGAACCCAGGUGUUCCUUCUGUGAUUGAGCUCAGACUUUUAUGCUAUUUUACAAAGCCAUUACCCUCUCCUGUAACUUGUGCUGGAAGCAGAGAGAGCUGUUUUGGCACUGAAAUGAUUUCAUUGUUAGGCUAAGUGUUACACAGAUGGCAUUCUUAAAUGUAAAAUUCUUUUUAUGAUUCUUUCUAUUUCAUAUUUAUUUCAUUAGAUCAUUAUUUAUGUUAAAGAGUCACUAUUAAUCUGAAACGUGCUCAGCUUGAAAGAAAAUGUUGAGAGGAGUUUCAGGUAUCUGAUCCUCAAUCCUUUAGUUUUUGUGUUUUGCAUUUUCCUUCUUAAAAUGGUUUUUUCUGUCUCUAGGUGCUAUGUGACAGAUCCACACAAACAACAGAGGGGAAAGAGCCUCACUUAACUGAUUAGAGGAGAGAAGCAGUGAAAGGGAAUAUGCACAAAGCACUGCCAAAUUCACAGAGCAAAGGAAAAGAUAAAAAAUAGAAUAAUUUCACUGGCCUUUUUUUUUUUUUCUCCAUAGAGUAAUGUAAGGUAUUUUUUAUACUAGUACCAGGGAAAGAAUUUUCAGGAAAAAAAUGUGAUUUCUUAAUUAAGGAUCUCUAAUUCAAAAUAUAUUCAUUUAAUAAAGACUGAUUAUGAUAGAAGCAACUACUCAUUCAUAUCAAUAAUUCAUUCAGAAGUAAACAAUAUCAACAUAUUAGCAUUUAUUUUUCCAUUUAAUAGGCUGUGAUUUAAAAUAAAUCUAAAUCAUCAUAAUCAUUCUGCUCCAUAUGCUGGGAAAGAAAAAGUCACCUUAAACCAGAUGCAUAUUGUGGAAAAAAAGGAAAAAAAAGGAAAAGAGGAAGACAAGUUGUUCUAAAGAAACAGCAUAUGGGAGAAAAUCUUAAGCCUCAGUAAAGAUGCUCUGCUUUGUAGAUGGCAAUUUAGUUUUGAACUGAAAGAGGGUAUGUUUAGAUUAGAUAUUAGGAAGAAAUCCUUCACUGAGAAGCUGGUGAGGCACUGGAACAGGUAUCCACAGCUUCUCUGGAAGCUGUGGAUACCCUAUGUCUGGAAUUGUUUAGGCCCAAGUUAGAUGGGACUUUGAGCAUCCUAGUCUAGUGGAAGGUGUAGCUGUGCAAGGCAGAGGAGUUGGACUAGUUGGUCUUUAAAGUCCCUUCCAACCCAAACAAUUCUGUGAUAACUAUGAUUCUAUGAUAGCAAAGCUGAGUUAUGCCAAACAAGAUUCUGGUCAAUAAUUUUCAAGAGCUAGAAGUCAAAUACUGAUUUCUUUCUUUUAGAAAAUUAAGGGGAAAAAAAAGGAUUUCUGUAAUUUCCUUUUAAUCAGGAAAAGGCAAUAAAUGUGAUCAAGAAAAAUUCAAGUUCGAAGAUGUUGAUGUAUGGAAACAGUAGUCUGUUUGCAAAUCCUUAUGUAUGGAAACAAUAGGCUUUUUACAAGUUCCAAGUUGGCUCUGCACGUGUACCUGCUUGUGUGCUUGGAGCUGCAUUUAUUUUUGCUGUUGCUAAUUACAUAGCCAAUGCCUCUCCUAACUUGUAUCCUUAACUACCCACAUCAUUUUGUCAGCUGACAGCUCUUUUUCAGCUCCCAAACACAUCAGCACUCCUGAAGCAAGCUCUGUUAAAAACUUUUAUUUCUGUCACCUGUCUGAAGUCCAGAGAGUGGCAUUUGGAGCCUGUGGAUCAGGGCUGUACUUCGAAUUUUUUUACUUUUGACAUACUGAAAAAGGAAUGAAGGGCUCAAGCCUGGUCAGCCUGUGCUUCCCUGCUACAGCAUCUUGAGAAGUUGGUGAAAGGAAAACAGCAAGAGAGUGAGAGUUCAACAGUACUGGGACUGGAGAAGUUUUUAGACUGGUUGCAGACCUCUGACCCAGCUGAUAGGAAAAUGCAGACUAUCCAAGGAAGGCACUACCACCUGCAAAUUCUCUGUUACCCUUUCUGCCAUUUCUCCCACCACUCAAG